AUAUGGACCAUGUCCAUCACGGCCCUUGCAAUUCCACCCAUGAACUGCGUGGUGUGCUGAAGGAUCAGUCUACCGCGGCUGGAGGACUCUGAUGAGAACGUGCUUCCACAUUUCGAUGGGAUUGGAUCGUGUCGAUGUUGGUUGGUGAUCCGUCUACAAGUCCCCGUUGGCCUCUUUAUACAAAAGGCAAGGCAGCUCGAUGAGCAGCUAGGCAAGGAGGCCCCGGCAGACAUAUUGCUUCCAUGAUUCCAUCGAAUCGUCCUAUCUAUCCCUUCUCUUCUUGGUCCUCAUCACUAUCAUGUCCUUCUUUUCACGGGCGGCAACGGUCCUCAGUGCGGCCGCUCUCUUCCUCUCCUUUGGGACUGUGGAGGCCGGGUCGCCAAUGUCAAACCUGCGGCAACCGGCCUCCGUAUCCUAUCGGGGGCGAGACGACUGCCCCACGCUUUGCAGUGUUACGGGGCCCGAUCCGGGCAGUUGGCCGGCUUACCACAGCCUGAGCCAGGUGGCGCACUGCAAGGAGACGGUUUUCUACCACUUCUCCAUCUAUGACGAUGUGGAUGACGGCAGCUCGGGACAUCGCAUCUACGCCUGCACGUCGUACGGUGCGCUUCAGAAGCCUGGUGCGGAUAUGAACCAGAUGAAGGCGAACGCGGACACAACGCACACGCCGACCAACGUCACACUUGAGUUUGGCGGCUGGAACGAGACGGCUCCCCAUCACGGCGUCGACCUGCGCAGUCUGUCCAGGUCGGUGCGGCGCGCUCUGGCAGCUGGCUAUACCUCGGACAACAAGCAGUCGUUGGUGUUGUUCGUGCAAACCGUCACUGGCACUGCCGGCCUCUACCUCGGCAAGAACGUCAACAUCCAGUCCACGGCGCCAGACGCACUCGUUGCUUUCGAGAAUGCGCUGUACGCUGCCAACAACACGGGCGGCAGCAAGGCCAUACAGCUGUGCGGGCACGACUACGACGGCGACCACAUCGUGGGCUUCAUCGCUACGAGCAACACAUCCUUCACCCCCGUACAGCAGGCGAUUCGGUCAUGGAAGAACGCUACUUGCCUGUCUUUCGACACGGUGCGGAACAUACCCGCGACAGUCGACUUCACGACGCCGUUGGUGUCACCGUCGAACGCAACCACCAACUCAACCUACAGCGCCAGUACAGCCUUGCGGGCGAUUCGCGGCACCCACCUACAGACUCGCGCCGAAUGUAGAACCAUCCAGGUGGCCUCGGGUGACAGCUGCGCCAAGUUGGCGACCAAGUGCGGCAUCUCGCCCAGCGAUUUCACAAAGUACAACCCGGAUUCGAAGCUUUGCUCCUCGCUGAUGCCCCUGCAACACGUGUGCUGCUCGUCCGGGACGCUGCCCGACUUCACGCCCAAGAAAAACAGCGACGGAUCGUGCGCAUCAUACGCCGUUGUACAGGACGAUACGUGUUCGGCCAUCGCGGCCGCCCAUAGCCUGACAGUCGACCAAAUCGAGAGCUUCAACAAGCAGACGUGGGGAUGGAGCGGCUGCAGUCGACUGAUGGCCCAGGCAGUCAUCUACCUCAGCGACGGCACGCCGCCCAUGCCGGCCCCGCUGGCCAAUGCCGUAUGCGGACCGCAGAAGCCCGGGACCAAGAAGCCCGACAACAUGGAUGACAUACAGAAGCUCAACCCAUGCCCACUCAACGCCUGUUGCGAUGUCUGGGGCCAGUGCGGCAUCACGGCCGAGUUUUGCACUGAUACAAAUACGGGCGCCCCCGGCACGGCCAAGCCAAACACCAACGGCUGCAUCUCCAACUGCGGCACGAACGUGGUCAAGGGUAAGCCGCCCGCUCAGUGGAUCAGUCUGGGCUACUAUGAAGCCUACAGUUUGGGCGGCCGCAGUUGUCUAUAUCAGGACGUGCGGCAGAUCGAUACCAACAAGUACUCCCACAUACACUUUGCCUUUGGUGACAUUACCCCGGACUUCAAAGUAUCAGCGGGCGAUGUUAUCAGUACGUACGAGUUCGAAGCCUUCCGAAGCAUGACCAACGUCCACCGCGUGAUAUCCUUCGGUGGCUGGGCCUUCUCGACAGACGCCGCUACUUACAGCAUCUUCCGGACUGGAGUUACGGCCGCUAAUCGCUUGACCCUCGCAACCAAUAUCGCCAACUUUGUCAAAGAUAAAGGCCUGGACGGCGUGGAUAUCGACUGGGAAUACCCUGGCGAACCGGACAUCCCGGGUCCUCCACCGGGCGCCGACGACGAAGGCACCAACUACCUCGCCUUCCUGGUUGUGCUGAAGAACCUGUUGCCCGGCAAGACCGUGUCUAUUGCCGCACCGGCAUCGUACUGGUACCUCAGACAGUUUCCCAUCGCUCGAAUCUCCAAGGUGGUCGACUACAUAGUACUUAUGUGUUAUGAUCUCCACGGCCAAUGGGAUUACGGUAAUAAGUGGUCGCAAGAAGGCUGUGCGAACGGCAAUUGCCUGCGUAGCCACGUCAACUUGACCGAGACAAAGACGGCUCUAGCUAUGAUCACCAAGGCCGGUGUGGACUCGGGCAAAGUCGUCGUCGGUGUCUCCAGCUAUGGCCGCUCCUUCAACAUGGCUGACGCCGGCUGCUACAGCAAGGAUUGCUUCUUUACCGGCUCAGCGACGGCAUCCGACGCGUCCAAGGGUCCCUGUACCGAUACGGCGGGCUACAUCUCGAACGCUGAGAUCAACGACAUCAUCGUGAACAACGCCAGCCGCGUCAACCAGAACUUCAUCGACAGCAGUAGCAACAGCCGCAUCGUGGUCUACGAUAAUAACCAGUGGGUCGCCUUCAUGGAUGACAGCAUCCGUACCGCCCGUACCGCAAUCUACAAGGGGCUGGGCAUGGGUGGUACCAGCAAUUGGGCCACCGACCUGGAGAAGUACCACGAUGCGCCCUCAAUCAGCAAGGAUUGGCGCGCCUUCAGGCUCAGCAUCAAGAGAGGCGACAACCCUUACGCUUUGGGCGACCGCCACGGCAACUGGACCGACCUUAAAUGCACCGACCCGGCGAUACAGAAUGCCGAGCACAUACCCCCUCAAGAGCGAUGGAACAUGUUGGACGGAUCCGACGCCUGGAGGGAUAUCAUGAAAGUGUGGACUGAGUACCAGGAGCCUGCAGGUACUAAAUUCACCGUAGGCGUCUCCAACACCAUCCACGGGCCUCCCAUAGCCGAUUGCGGCUCGCUGGCCUUGAGUAAUAACUGCGAGCAGACCGUGCAGUGCAGCAGCAAUUUUGAGGGCGGCGGUUCUGGCGCCGUAGGAUAUGAGAUCUGGAACUCUAUGGUCAUCAUCCAUGAGAUUUACGCCACCUAUGUCACCGCCCUGUACCAGGCCGCCGCAAUAUCACUAGACCCGGUGCUGAAGGACUUUGAGAACCAGUUUGCUCCCAUUCCAAAGAAAUUUGACGACUCGUGGCUUGGGAUUCUCCUAGCGUGCGUGGGUCUAGUGGGUACCGUAGGCGUGUCCGCCUUCUUCAACACGGCUCUCAAGUCCUUGCCGUACUGGAGAGCCAACUCGGUCUCAUAUGACAAUUGGAAGGGCACGGCUAAGGCGCUUGUUUCCUUUGGCACGUCCAUUGCCGGAACCCUUACGGGCACAAAAGGCAGCAAGAGUGCUUGGACUGCCGAGAAGCAAGACGCCUUCUCGGAUUACAUGGGUAACGCAGUCAGCGCAUGGGCCAAUGUCACUGAAUUGUCGCUCAAGCAGCUAUUCAACGGCGAACCCGAGAACGUAGAACUGCUGACGAGCUUGGUUGCUAACGGUCAUUUCAUUGAUGGCUUCGCCAGCGGUGGUGGCUCCGGCAUUAGGGAUGCCCUUGAUACAACGGUCGACUCUCCCUUGAUGACGGAGGUGAGGGCCAGCAUUUCCAAGGCCUUCUUUGCCUUCGCCAUUCCGAGCAUUUGGUCCGUCUCGGGCACGACGGCCUUCAUCAUGGACUCCGGCUUUGACUGCGGCACGGUCGACCCUAUGGGCGAGUACCUUGAUAAAGACACUCAGCAUAAGACAGCGGGCUGCUACAACGGCAAGCUGUACUACCUCGCCUACCCUUCAGGUCCCGCCGAGGACUGUAGUGGCGGCGACGAGGCGGUGGUAUGUCGACCCAACACUUUCUCCGCGCCGCCGGGGAUCGACACCCUCGACGGCACGCGCUUUGGCGGCGUCAAGGUGUCCGACCUGAUCACCGGCGCCGUCAGGACCUACAUCCAGAACGGCAACAAGAACGGCGGGGAGCAGAUAGACCCUACCCGCGGCGGCUCGCUCGAUAGCCUCAUGAACCAGGACGUCACCACUCCCGGCUUCAUUCGCAUCCCGGUGUGCAGCGCCUCGAUCGCCUUUGCCGCCUGGUCGGACACUAGCGUGAGCAGCGACGUGGACAACUAUCCCUGCUACAUUAAGCCGUCUCCUGAUUACUGUGAGGCCUCCUCCUUCGUGGACCAGACAAGCGAUGCGUCCCCCUCUACUAGCGACUGUAUGGGUAUCGUCCACAAUAUCCAGGGCACCCAGGGCCAAUGGACGGUCGAGAAUGGCCAACAGCACCAGCUCGUGCAGUAUGGCGCGUGCAAGUUCGGUAUUCAAGGCCUCAACAAGCACGGCAACGGCUGGUUCCACGUCGGUGCCCAGGACAUUGUUGAUAUCAUCACUGACUCCGUCAACAAGUUUGGCGGCAGCGGCAAGGUCGGCGCCAAGGGCCUCAUGGACUGCAAGGGCAACAUUAACAGUCAAGAUGUCGAGUGGGGGCUGUACUAGGCUCGAGACUCGAGAGGCAUUGUCUGGUAAGAUGUACGGAGGAUGCUUGUAUGCCAGCUACAUCGCGUAUGUCUACCUACUUACCUAUUUUUGUGCAGUCCUUCUAUGUAGAAUAGGGGCAACGGACUCUGGAUCUCAACCUCCUCCUCCUCCUCCUCCUCCUCCUCAAUCUCAUCAUCCAUGCUUGUACAGUCCAAUACUGGUUUGUUCGUUGGUUCCAGACCUCUAGUCAGUCAACUUUCCCAAGCAUUUAUAUACCUCAAUUGAUCCGUUAGGGCCAAAACCAAAGCGUAAUCUUACCUCUACCUUGCAUAUGCUAGGUAGGUAUUUUGGAAAUUUUAUAUGCCAUAUUGAAUCUUGUUGAUGCCUUUCCGACCCGUACCUACCUUGCCCCCUAGCCAGUUGGGAGACAAUCCGGGAUAGAUCUCGUUACAGUAUAUAGGUACCUAGGAGUACCAAGCUU